UUAAAGCGAUGCAAUCGCGGUUGCUGCGCAGGAAUGUGAAACAUGAGUCGCACUUUAUUUCAACCUUGGUACCAGGAACUCGGUGAUUUUUAACCCAGAAAUCCGUAGUCUGCCCGCAGUUAACCUGCUGGAUUGCUCAAUUUGGGAAAGGGAAAGCCACUGCCGGCAGUCCGCGGGUAAGUGCAAACAGCAAGGAGGAAAAACUUCACCGCGGUUAUGUCAGCCUGGCCUUCCGUUCAGGAGUCAAUGAGAGGUGUGACCCGGUGACUGAGGAGCAGUGGUCACUCCGGGGCUGUGUGAGGGACAGAGGGAAGGACUCUCUGCCAACUUGGAAACACUUCAACAUGGAGGCUGCGGCUCGGAACGAGCGUCUCCACUGACGCUAACUUUCUUUCCCACCGCAACCCCCUCCCUCCCCCCAUCCAGGAUCGAGCUCGGCGCAGACAAAAGACGGCGGGACACAAGCAGCCGGAAAAAAAACAAAACAAAACCAAAAUCCCAAACUGUCCACAAGACCCGCGGAGAGAGGGGCUGGAGAAGCAAACCUCAGCAUUGGGCACAUCCGUGAAAGGAAACAAAAAGCAGACAACAAAAACAAAUCCGCACCAAUCGUGUGUCUAUCUUCCCCCGCCCCCACUUUGUAGCGAAAGGACGCAAAGUUUGGAAGAACACGCUGCAAGAUCUUUCCGACUUGGACUCUAUUUUGGAGAGAGAAGAAAAAAAAGCCCUGCAUUUACUUGAGAAGAGGACGCGAAUUUGAUGUGCGGCUUUCUCUAUCUAUCUGUGUUUCUGCUGGGAGAAAAUGAAAUCGUUUAUCGCCGCCGUGUGCGCCGAGCUGUCAGGGGUGGUUCUAUUGUUGGUGGUCGGUGGUUGCAUUUCGGUUCCGAGUGGCUGCAAACGCUUGGAGGAACGUCCAAAAAAUACCGGGAAAUUCUCCUCUUCCUCCCCGGCAGUCACCCUGGUCCCUGGGACAGCGGACAAAAAAAUAGUGUGUACCAACCUGGAGUUGACGGAGCUUUUCCCACUGGAUACCCUUCCCAACAGGACAGUUACUCUCAUCUUGAGCAGUAAUAAAUUAGCAGAAUUGAAGAACCUCUCGUUUAUGGGACAGUUGUACCUGGAGAGAUUAGACAUAAAGAACAAUCUUAUCAGUAACAUAGAACCUGGUGCUUUCUGGGGACUUCCUGCAUUGAAAAGACUGGAUUUAUCUAACAACAGGAUAAGCUGUCUAAAUGGCGAAAUAUUCAGAGGCAUCCCAAAUCUUAUCCGAUUAAAUCUUUCAGGAAACCUGUUUUCCACAUUGGCACAAAGGACAUUUGAAAACCUUUUGUCACUGAAAUACAUAGAAUUUCAGACUGAUUAUCUUCUGUGUGAUUGCAACUUACGUUGGAUGAUUCAGUGGAUAAAGACUAAAAACAUAACUGUACGAGAAACUAAAUGUGCCUUCCCAAAGUCUCUGUAUGGUCAGCUUAUAACAAGUGUUAAAAAAGAACUUCUUUCUUGUGAUGUUCCUCUUGAGCUGCCAUCCUUUCAGCUGACCCCUUCCCAUCGACAGGUGGUGUUUGAGGGUGACAGUCUCCCUUUUCAAUGUGCGGUUUCUAAUGUUGACCAGGACAUGCAAGUGCACUGGUAUCAGGAUGGAAAACUAGUGGAAACUGAUGAGUCCCAAGGAAUCUUUGUUGAAAAAAAUGUACUACAUAAUUGUUCUUUUAUUGCGAGUACUCUAACUAUCUCAAAUGUCCAAAUGAGUUCCACUGGAAGUUGGGAAUGCCAUGUCCAAACCAAACGGGGAAACAGAACUAAACAGGUUGAUGUGAUUGUCUUGGAAAGCUCGGCAAAGUACUGCCCACCUGAGAUGGUGAUGAAUAACAAAGGAGAUUUCAGGUGGCCUCGUACAUUGGCUGGUAUCACUGCCUAUCUGCUCUGUACCCGUUAUUCUGCUGGCACUGGCAUAUACCCUGGUGGCGCACAGGAUGAAAAGAAGGCUUGGCGCAAGUGUGAUAGAGGAGGAUUUUGGUCUGAUGACAAUUAUUCUCGUUGUCAGUAUGCAAAUGAUGUUACACGCGUGCUUUACAUGUUUAACCAGAUGCCUUUGAAUCUGACAAAUGCUGUGGCAACAGCACGGCAACUUCUGGCUUACACCGUGGAAGCUGCAAAUUUCUCUGAUAAGAUGGAUGUCAUCUUUGUGGCUGAAAUGAUUGAAAAGUUUGAUAGAUUUGCAGAGAAAUACAAAGAGCUUGGGGAUGUCAUGGUGGAUAUUGCUAGUAACAUCAUGUUAGCAGACGAACAUGUCCUUUGGCUGGCUCAGUGGGAAGCAAAGGCCUGCUCUCGAAUUGUUCAAUGUUUGCAACGUAUUGCUACUUACAGACUGGCAAGCGGAGCCCCAGUUUAUUCCACAUAUUCUCCAAACAUUGCCAUGGAAGCUUCUAUGGUGAAGGCUAAUGGCUUCAGUGGAAUGACUUGCACUGUAUUCCAAAAGGUAGCCAUGGCAGACAGAACAGGAAAUGCUGACUUUGCACGGCGAGAUCCUGAUGGCAAUUUGGACAAACAAUUCAGUUUUAAGUGUAGCCCUGGCAAUGUCAGCAACACUCUUUCCAGUUUUGCGAUCAAGAAUACUGUUCCAGAAGCAUCUGUUCAGUUGCCACCAUCCUUGUUUGCCCAUAAUCCUGUACCAAACCAAAUGGAAGAUGGAGUUUACAAAUUGCAACUUAUUGCUUUCCGGAAUGGCAAACUUUUUCCAAGCACUGGGAAUUCUACAAAUUUGGCAGAUAAUGGAAAGAGACGAUCUGUGGCCUCUCCAGUCAUCUAUACAAAAAUAGAUGGUUACAGUUUGUAUUCACUCAGCCAACCUAUCACUGUUACACUGCGUCGUAUUGCACAUGGGGUAGAUGCUGUUGCUGCUUACUGGGAUUUCAACCUCUUGAAUGGUUAUGGAGGAUGGCUAUCUGAUGGCUGCCAGAUAGUCAUGUCAGAUGAGAAUGUCACCACGAUGCAGUGUUACUCGUUGAACAACUAUGCAGUACUGAUGGAUCUGACUGGUGCGGAUUUCCUUCAGCAGUUUGUUGACCUCUUGCAUCCAGUAGUUUAUGUUGCUGCAGCAGUAUUGCUCACUUGCUUGGUCAUAAUUAUGGCCAGCUACAUUUACUAUCACAGUGCAAUUCGGAUCAGCCGAAAGAGCUGGCACAUGUUGAUUAAUUUCUGCUUUCACGUUUUCCUGACAUGUGCAGUGUUUGUAGGUGGUAUCAAUCAGACUAGGAAUAUUAACGUUUGUCAAGCGGUUGGAAUAAUUCUACACUAUUCUACCCUGGCCACUAUCCUGUGGGUUGGUGUCACAGCACGAAAUAUUUUCAAACAGUUAACAAGGAAAUCGAAGAGAUGUCAGGACCCUGAAGAACCUCCGCCUCCACCUCGGCCAAUGCUCAGGUUCUAUCUCAUUGGUGGAGGAAUUCCCAUCAUUGUAUGUGGCAUCACAGCAGCAGCCAAUAUUAAAAAUUAUGGAAGUAAAAUGAAUGCACCGUACUGUUGGAUGGCUUGGGAACCAAGUUUGGGGGCAUUUUAUGGACCCGUAGGCUUUAUCAUUUUCGUGAACUGCAUUUAUUUUUUAAGCAUAUUCGUGCAGCUUAAGCAGCAUCCAGAACGGAGAUAUGAACUGAAGGAAGCAGCGGAAGAACACCAGCAUUUGGCAGGCACGGAUCAUGGAGAGUCUCACGUUAAUGAUUCAACCUCAACAUCACAGGCAAAUUGUUCUGUUGUCUCAUCAUUGGCAUUGGAGAAUGAGCACACGUUCCAAGCUCAAUUGCUUGGUGCAAGUUUGUCAUUAUUUAUGUAUAUUGCCCUGUGGGUAUCUGGUGCACUAGCAGUUUCCCAGUACUAUCCUAUGGACUUAAUUUUUAGUUGUCUGUUUGGGGCUACAGCUUUGAGCCUAGCUGCAUUUCUUAUCCUCCAUCAUUGUAUUGGCAGAGAAGAUGUACGCCUAUGUUGGACGACAACAUGUUGUCCAGGGAGGAGUACUUAUUCCAUGCAAGUUAAUGUUCAGCCUGUGGAUUCAAGUCAUGCCAGUAGAGAAACCCCAAAACUUACCAACAGUAGUGCGGAGUCCUCUUGCACAAAUAAAACUGCUUCCAGUAAUAACAAGCUAUUCUCGGGAUGUAAGCUGACUAAUCUUCAUGUUGCAGCAGUACAAAACCAAAUUGUUCCUUUGGCAAGUAACAUACCAACACAGCUUGACAACAGCCUCACUGAACAUUCAAUGGACAAUGAUCUGAAAAUGCAUGUGGCUCCUGUUGAAGUGCCGUACCGCUCAAAUGGACAAGUAAACAGGCAUCAUAAAAACCGGACUAGGGCACAUCAAGCACAUCGACACAGCAGACUGACCGUGCUAAGAGAAUAUGCAUACGAUGUGCCGACAAGCGUAGAAGGAAGCGUGCACAAUAACCAGCCAAGGAAUAGGCACAGUAACCAUGAGAGUCAUCAUGGGAGUAGAAAGUCUCGAUCAGCCCUUAGAGAACGGCAUCAAAGCCACAGCCAACCGGAUAGUAGUGAUGUCAGUUAUACUCUGACUCAAUGCAGUCAAAGUGUAGUAAAUGAUGGAGUAUGUAGCAGUAAGGACAGUCUGCAACAGCCCAUUGUGGUUGAACUCGAAAACCACAAAUCUUAUGGCCUUAAUUUGGCAAGUCAAAAUGGACUACUGAAAGGCAGUGGCCUAGAUGUUCCUUUGCUAAAUGCAGAUAGCACAGGAAACAUCCGAACUGGAUUUUGGCGAAAUGAAACUACUGUGUAGUUUGCAAAAAGAACAUUUUUCCCUCAAAAGAACUGUGACAUGCAUUCCUUUUAAGCUAAAUUUAUUGUACAAAAUGUUUACAAAAUUGUUCUACAUUGUGUAAAAAAAAAAGGUACAGUCUGCUAUCUGGUAUGUGAAGCUUUAAUUUUCUUGUUUCUCAUUUUAUACAUUUUUAAAGGACCCACAAUUCCAAAACGUGUGAAAAUACAAAGAGAGCAAUUCCACUGUUUCUAUUUUGGUAGCAUUUAGACAUGUUUUUUUCACACAGUACUGAUGUUCUUAAACCUGUACGUAAAACUGCAUGAAAAAUGGAGAUCCGUAUUGGAUCAUACCUACAUCUGGAAUUGUAAUUUUUUACAUAAUAAAAAGGUUUGCCUUGUGA